CUAAAAAUUAAAUAGACUAGACAGGUAAGUUUUAAAUUCAAUAAGUCAUUUAGUGAACUUUGGUAAUAUCAUGGACUGAAUCAAAUCGAUUGAAUAUUGAAUGUCGCUUUUCAUUUAACAAUGAUAUUAAUAACUGGUUUACGUCAUAUUAGUUGAAGUACUAUGCAAUUUAAUAAAUAAUUUAUCAUCUUGAAAUUACAUUUAUAUUUUGCAUUAUUCAAUAACCACACUAAUCAGUAAUCAUGCGCCGAAGUUUAGCUCCAAGCCAAGUCAAUAAGCGACCUUUAAGUGAUUCAAAUCAAUCUAAAAGAGCUUGUGUAAAAUAUAGUGACCAGUCACAAAAAACUGAACAAAAUUCAAAAGUAGAUGACCAAUCUAUGACACUUUCCUUUUAUGAACAAAAUAUAAGAAAUAUAUUAUCAAAGCCGUUUAAAGUGCCAAUAGCGAAUUGGAGUGGUACCAGUUACAGUAGAGCAUUAGGUGUUCGUCGUGAUGGCUUACGUCGACCUUUACAUGACCCUACUGCUCCAGAUGCUCUUAUUUUGUAUAUUCCUCCACAAAUUAGCGCCCAUGAUAUUUUAAAAAUGGACAAAGAUAAAAUAUUAGUUAAUGUUGUUGUUGAUCCAGCAUUAUCAAAAAUACUUAGGCCCCAUCAAAGAGAAGGAGUUAAGUUUAUGUAUGAAUGUGUUACGGGAGUACGUAUAGAAGGUGCAUAUGGAUGCAUUAUGGCAGAUGAAAUGGGAUUAGGAAAAACUUUGCAAUGCAUAACUCUAAUGUGGACUCUUUUGAAACAAGGACCAGAUGCUUCACCUACUAUUCACAAAGCUAUAAUAGUUACUCCUAGUUCUUUAGUAAAGAAUUGGUGUAAUGAAAUAACAAAAUGGCUUGGUGGUCGAAUUGGAGCUUUACCUGUUGAUGGAGGAGGCAAAGAACAAGUGGACAAAGUAAUUACUGGGUUUGUUCAAGCUAGAGGACGUAGAACUGUUGAUCCAAUUUUAGUUAUAUCAUAUGAAACUUUCCGUAGCCAUGCAAGUUUGUUACAAAAUGCAGAAGAUAUAGGUCUUGUGUUAUGUGACGAGGGACAUAGAUUAAAAAAUUGUGAAAAUCAAACUUAUCGUUCUUUAAUGGCUUUAAAAGCAAAACGAAGAGUUCUAUUAUCAGGCACACCAAUCCAAAAUGAUUUACUUGAAUAUUUUAGUCUUGUAAAUUUUGUUAAUGAAGGCAUCUUAGGGACAGCUCAAGAAUUUCGUCGCCAGUUUGAAACACCUAUUGCACGAGGUCAAGAUUCCUGUGCUACUGAUUCGGAACGCAAAAAAGCAGCAGAGCGUUUAGAACAAUUGAUAUCAUUAGUAAAUAGGUGUCUAAUUAGACGUACCUCAGCAUUACUUUCCAAAUAUUUACCAGUUAAAACUGAACAUGUUGUUUGCAUAAAAUUGACACCACUACAAACUGAUUUAUACCUACAUCUUCUUAAAUCCGAUAUGGUCACUAAAUCAAUUAAAAGUAAUGAUGGGAAAGUUACUAGCAAUGCAUUAGCUGCUAUUACAUUGCUCAAAAAGUUAUGUGCUCAUCCAGAUCUUAUAGUAGAUAAAAUAAUGAAUGGAACUGAUGGAUUUGAAAAUUCAAAACAUCUACUACCUCCAUCGUACAUUGCAGCUCAUUCCAAAAAAAAACUCAUGAUUGAAUUAUCAUCCAAAUUAAUGGUCCUCGACACAAUGUUGGCUGUUAUAAAAACUACCACCACUGAUCGUGUGGUAUUGAUUUCUAAUUAUACUCAAACAUUGGAGUUAUUUGAAAGACUUGCUAAAUUAAGAAACUAUACAUUUGUUAGAUUAGAUGGAUCCAUGACUGCUAAGAAAAGAGCAAAAGCUGUAGAUGAUAUUAAUAGCCCUACUAGUGGUGUAUUUUUGUUUAUGUUGAGUUCAAAAGCUGGAGGUUGUGGAUUAAAUUUAAUUGGCGCUAAUAGGUUAGUAAUGUUUGAUCCCGAUUGGAAUCCUGCUAAUGAUGAUCAAGCAAUGGCUAGAGUAUGGAGAGAUGGCCAAAAAAAACCUUGUUUUGUAUAUCGAUUUUUAGCUACUGGAAGUAUUGAAGAAAAAAUGAUGCAAAGACAGGCACACAAAAAAGCCUUGAGUUCUAGUGUAGUUGACUGUGAAGAAGAUGUUGCAAGGCAUUUUACAGUUUCUGAAUUACGUACAUUAUUUAAUCUACGGCAAGAUACUAUUAGUGAUACACAUGAAAAAAUUAAAUGCACCCGUUGCAUUAAUAAUAUCCAAACAAAACUACCUCCAGUAGAUAGUGAUUGUACAAAUGAUCUUUCUUGUUGGCAUCAUUGUGCAGAUAAACGAUGGCUUGUUGACCCAGUACUAAAGCAAUGUUGGCAUGCUGGCAUCAGUAUGGUGUUUUAUCAAAAUUCUACAAUUUAUAAAGAGAAACCAAUUGUUGAAGAGGGCAAUGAUGAAGUUGACAAAAAGGAAGAAGAAAAUAAUAAAACUUAAAAUAUAAUAUGUUGAUCAAAGACUGGGUGAAGAUAAUUCUUCUUGCAAUACGUGAUAUUCGACUCCAUAUUCCAUUAAUUGUUUUGAUAAAUCAGUUGUAAAUACCU